AUGAAUGAUUUGACAACAUGUUGGCGAGCAAGCUUGAAACUUAUGAUAUCGAUUACAAAUCAACACAAAUGUGAAAGCGAAUCGAGUAUCUUGAAAAGAAGAUCGGAGGAGACGACAUGGAAUCAAAACCGGUGAUGGUUCCGUCUGGUAAUUAUUUUGAUUCGCUUUGCUCGAUGAAAUGGACAAAGAUUCUAGAAAAUGUUAUGUUAUUUAGAUCCGUCGGAAUGGAACUCAAGUCACAUCGCAUCGUGGAUUCUAUGGUGCAGCAACGCGUUUUCUAUAAAACCAGCACCUAG